UGAAUUAUGUAAUCAUCUUGGUUGUAUCUAAUCAUGCUGAUUCAUGGUAAGUAAUGACAUGUUCAUUGCAAAUUUUCUAUUAUCUAUCUGUGCAAACGUAGUCUGGUAUAUAACUGUGAAAUUAUUAUGCUUAUCAGAAUAAAACGCCAGACGGUAAAUUUAUAAUGACGUCUCAUGCUUCGGAAACUGGAGUGGGAAAUAAAAGUGAUUAUAACCGACUCAAUACUGGUCAACACGAUAGAACAUAUCGAACAUCUGACUCCGAACCACAAGUUAAACAACCAAGCUGGAUAUAUUUCGAAUCAACGAGCAUGUCGCGUUGUUCAAUUUUCGCUGCACUGAUCCUGGUCGCGGGUGUUUUGCAUCAGGGACGUGCCUCAAGAAUACUCUGCAUAUUUCCAAUGCCGUCGUUAAGUCAUCAAGUCGUAUUUCGAGGGCUUACCACGGCUCUGAGGGAGCGAGGCCACGAGCUGGUCGUUAUCACCACGGACCCAAUCAACGAUCCAACCCUCAAGAAUUACACGGAGAUAGAUAUAAACUUUCUGUACGCUGACUUUACCAAGGAUGUUGAUUGGAUUGCUACUCGGCACAAGGUGACUUGGAACGAAUUGUUCCAAUCCGUCGCGCCAAGGUUUAUACCGAUGUCCGAACGGGUUCUCAAACAUCCGGAUGUGAAAAAGUUGUAUUCACCAAACAGUGGGGAGAAGUUUGACCUGUUGAUAAUCGAGAUGCUGUAUUGGCCCAGCUUUUUAUCUUUCGCCAAAUAUUUCGAUGUUCCAGUUAUAGGUAUGACAUCGUUCGGGCUGCCUCUUCAAAUGCAUUACGGCAUCGGCAACCCCAUAAUGCCAUCUGAUCCGGCGCAUUGGGACACUGAGAUAAAAGCCCUGGGAAAAUUGUCGUUUUGGCAACGGUUACAAAACUUCGUGUACGCUUGGAGAUUUUUGUAUUAUUACAGAACCGUUUAUUUGCGAGGACAUCAGGAAAUAUCUAGAAAAUAUUUUGGAACUGAACUUCCUGAUAUUGCUGAUAUUGAGAGAAAUGUUAGUUUGAUUUUUAUCAAUCAGCAGGCAGCGAUUUCGUUCGUCAGGCCAAACAUUCCUAAAAUCAUAGACAUCGGUGGAUUUCAUAUCUCCAAGAAAAUUGAACCGCUGUCAAAGAACCUUCAGAAGACUUUGGACGCUGCGACGCAAGGCUUCGUAUACAUGAGCCUUGGAACGAACGUCAAGAGCGUCAUGUUGAGUAACGAAACAAGGGAAGAAUUUCUUGCCGCGUUUUCAAAACUGCCCUACACCGUUAUUUGGAAAUUUGAAAAUGAGAUUCUUCCUGGCCGACCAGACAACGUGAUAAUCAUGAAGUGGGCUCCGCAACAGUCCAUCUUAGCGCAUCCCAAUAUAAAAGCCUUCAUAUACCAAGGAGGACUUCAGAGUACAGAAGAGGCGAUUUCUCACGUUGUUCCUGUGAUCGGGUUGCCAGUAUUUGUCGAUCAGGAUACACAAGUCAAUAAAAUGGUGUCCCUGGGUGUUGGCAAGAAGUUGGAAAUCCUUACUCUCAACAGGAUAGAUUUAGUGGAUGCGAUUAACACCAUUGUGCUCGACGGCAGCUACAAGCAGCGAAUGUUGAAAUUGCGGGAUUUGAUGGAAGACAAGCCGUACGAUUCGUUGGAGAACGCGGUUUGGUGGACGGAACACGUGAUACGUCACAAAGGUGCUCCGCAUCUCCAUUCGACGACAGCCGACGAUCCCUGGUACCAACAGCAAGAUAUGGACCUAAUUUUCGUUAUCUCUACCACAAUUUGGAUAGUAUCUAUUGUAGCACUAGUUGUAUUAUACAAGGUGUUGGUACACAGUGUCCGUUUGCUAAACCAUAAUCGGAAAUUAGUUGGCAAAAAAAACAAAGUACGUUAGAUUACAUCUGAGACUUUGUCGCAGUAGAUAUUUUCCGAAAGACAUUUGUGUAAAAUAGAUAUUAAAACUGAGUGCCACCGUGUGAAUCAAAUACCCCAAAGGAUCCAACAGGAAUCUAAUGUCUAUCCGAUAAUUGAGCAUAUACGUAAUUCCAAGAGUUGCCAAGUAAAUGGUGUUGGAAAUAUCAGCACACAUUAGACACCGACUUUAUACAAUACACGGUUUAUUUGACAUUU